AUGCUAGGGGAGGAGACGUCAGAGGAUAAAUGGCCUGAUGGUCAAGACCGACAUGAAGUCCAAUUUCCUCUGUUGGUUUCAAACGACGAGCAAGACCCAACAUUCCAACCGGGGCCCGUUCCGCCGCCGAUCCCCUCACGCAACGCGCCAAAUGGCAAACGCCACUCCUCGAUCUCUCAGCCAGCGCCCGAUGGACAGCGUCGUACGCCCCGUACCAUGAACCGAGUUCGCUUUGAUCUGGAAGAGGAGCCUGAGAGCCCUGGGCGUCAUUCGAUUGACCGUGUUUCAAGUCCAGACGACGAGUUAUGGGUUGACGCUGAAGACUAUGAACUGGGCACUCGGGGGUCAGGAACUCAACACAAUGGACAAUCAAUUCCUCUUCUCACGAACAUCGAAGCGCCCAGCGUGACCCUCGCCACCUCAGACGACUUCUUCCCCGAAGAGCACUUGGAGGAUGCGCGGCCCAGGAGUGGCAUGAAGAUGGCGUUUAUGAACAUGGCCAACAGCAUCAUUGGCGCUGGAAUCAUCGGCCAGCCUUAUGCGCUUCGCCAAGCCGGCAUGACCAUGGGAAUUCUGCUGUUGACUGCCUUGACAUUCACGGUGGACUGGACCAUUCGGCUGAUUGUUAUCAACUCCAAAAUGAGCGGCGCAGACUCAUUCCAAGCGACCAUGCAAUACUGUUUCGGGAAGAGCGGUCUGAUUGCGAUUUCAAUCGCACAGUGGGCAUUCGCGUUUGGCGGCAUGGUUGCAUUCUGUAUUAUUGUUGGCGAUACAAUACCCCAUGUGCUGAGCGCUCUGUUCCCGUCUCUGAAGGACAUGUCUUUCUUGUGGCUACUCACUAAUCGGCGGGCCGUGAUCGUGAUAUUUGUAAUGGGAGUCCCAUACCCUCUUUCAAUGUACAGAGACAUUGCCAAGUUGGCAAAGGCGUCUGCAUUGGCAUUGAUCAGCAUGAUCAUCAUUGUGGUUACAGUCAUCACUCAGGGUUUCCGAGUUCCAUCUGACGCACGCGGAGAGAUCAAAAGUCACCUUGUAUUCAACACUGGCUUUUUUCAAGCCGUGGGUGUCAUCUCAUUUGAUCACAACAGCCUUCUCAUCUAUGGCUCCCUUAAAAAGCCCACGCUUGAUCGCUUUACCAGAGUCACCCAUUACUCGACAGGGGUGUCUUUGGUCAUGUGUCUUGCUAUGGGUAUCGCAGGUUUCUUGUCCUUCGGGUCUAAGACCCAGGGCAACGUUUUGAAUAACUUCCCAUCUGACAAUAUUGUCGUUAACAUAGCCCGGUUUUGCUUCGGUCUAAACAUGCUUACCACCCUACCACUUGAGGCAUUCGUCUGCCGUUCUGUUAUGACGACUUACUAUUUCCCUGACGAACCCUAUAACCCUGUUCGGCACAUCAUCUUCACGACAGCAUUGGUGGUUACAUCAAUGUCGCUGUCCCUCAUAACUUGCGAUUUAGGAAGCGUAUUCGAACUCAUCGGGGCCACCAGUGCUGCAGCACUGGCCUACAUAUUCCCUCCACUCUGCUACAUCAAACUCAGCAGUGCCUCGCGGCGAGAAAAAAUCCCUGCCUAUGGAUGUGUCUGCUUUGGUGUGGUGGUCAUGGGUGUGAGUGUCGUUCAAGCAAUGACUAAGAUCAUUCGAAGUGAGUUAUCCCCGUUCACUUACCCACGGUUGUGGCACUGCAGCAUACUGACAAAGAAAACCCCUUCCAGACGAUGGUGA